CAAUAGCGGAUACGCUGUAUCGGCGGCGCUCGUCCAAUGAGAGGGUCCGGCGGGGGCGGGGCCAGUGUUUUUUGUCGGCCGGAAGAAGCUGAGAGAGAGGGAGAGAGACGGAUCGGUGAUUGUUCAUAAUAUGAGCGAUGUGUCGCCAUCACCGCUGUCAAUCCUGACUGAGAGACAGACAGACAGACAGACAGACAGACACCAGAGGAGUCCCGCUCACCCCCUCGGAGCUCCUCCGCUUCCCAGCAGCUCAUUGAUCUCACAACCCUUGUCCAGUCGGGUCUGAAAAGGAUCCCAGGGGCUUCGACAGCGGGGGAUGUGAGGAAGACUGCCCUGACCGUCGCGCUGCAGAGAGAGAGAGCUGCUGUCAGCUGCCUUUAAGAUUCUUGAGAGAGACUCUGAUCUGGUCCGGUUGAUCUCGGCUGGGCCGGUCUCUCUCUGUGUCUCCUUUUCCGCACGCUUCUCUCUCUGGGGUGGACCUGAAGGCCCGUCGAGGAAACGCCUCUGUCGCCUCCGUCGUCUCCGCGGCGAUGGAUUUCCCGUGCCACAGCAGGCAGCUGCUCCAGAGCCUGCGGGAGCAGCGGAGGCGGGGCUUCCUGUGCGACUGCACGGUGCUGAUUGGCUCCUCCCGCUUCCUGGCGCACCGCGCCGUCCUGGCCUCCUGCAGCCCGUUCUUCCACAUGUUCUACACGGAGCGGCCGGGCAAGCGGGAGGGGGCGCCCGUGAACAUCAACUCGGAGAUCGUCACCCCGGCCGCGUUCGGGCUCCUCCUGGACUUCAUGUACGAGGGGACCCUGCGGCUGCACCCCAGCCCGGCUGAAGACGUCCUGGCGGCUGCCAGCUACCUGCACAUGAACGACGUGGUGAGGGUGUGCAAGAGGAGGCUGCAGGGCCGGGGGCUGGCUGAGGCUGACAGCACGAGGAGAGAGGAGGAGGGGGGAGGAGGAGGAGGAGGAGGAGGGGGGGCGCGGGCGUCUGAGGGGGAGGAGGAGGAGGGGGAGGGGGUUCAGAGCUGCGGAGGCGCUCAGUGCUGUGGUGUCGUUUGCUGUAACAGCAGUAGGGUUGAUAACGGCCGCCACGCUCUUCGUGAUUCGAGCUGCCUCGGUGAGAACGGUCCGGAGGGCUGCAGGGGGCCCGUCGCUGCUGGGAGUCGUCUUCAUCGCCCUCCUCAUCAUCGUCAUCAUCAUCAUCAUCAUCACGGCGUCGGGGGUCCCCGAGCGGCGAGCGGUUCCAGAGGGUUUGGGGGGGAGGGCGCGGGGGCAGUCAGAGCCCAGGUUGGGGGCGACGCUUGUGAAGUCCGGAGGGCGGAGGGAUCGAAAGACUCCUCCUCUCUCCCCGACGCGGCAGACACCACCCAGCCCGGGAUGGACCCGGCCGAGGGAUCGAGGGGGUGCUGCUUCGGAGCCGGGACGCAACCCCCCACCCCCACUCCCACCCCCACUCCCACUCCCACUCCCACUCCCACUCCCACUCACUCCGCUCUGGCCAGCCCGUGCAGCUCCAGUGAAGUCCUGCUACUGCAGCAGCAAAACCAGCCCCCUGAGGCCCCGCCCCUCAGUGUAGCACCACCCCUUCGUGUAGCUCCUCCCCUCCCCGCCUCCCAGGUCCCUCCCUUCCCUCCCCCCGCCUCCUCAAACUCCAGCCAACAGCAGUCGAUUCACAGCAGCCUCCCGGAUCAGCAGAGGCAGUGCAGGAGUUCAGAGCCACGCAGCACCGGCCUCCCGCCACCAGGGGGGGCCCCGGAGGAACAGGAGGAGAGCCGGGAGGGGGAGGGGGAGGAGGAGGAGGAGAGGGUUUUCAUCACAGGGGAGGGGGAGCAGGAAGAGGACGAAGAAGGGCUGGUGAAAGUGAAAGUGGAAGCCAUCAUCAUUUCUGACGAGGAGCUGGAGGACAUGGAGGUGAGGAUGGGGAGCAUAUUCGAGGGGUGCAGACCGGAAUCAGAGGGAGAGGGAGGGGGGUCGGGGUACGGGCUGGAAUCGGGAGGGGAAGGGGAUGAGGAGAACGGCUUCCCCCUUCCUCCUCCCCCUCCCCAUCCUCACCCCCCUCCCCACCCUCAUCAAACUCACCCCCAUCACUUUCUGCAGCAGCCAGACCCCCUCCCCUCCUUCCCUCUCGCCCCUCCCUCGUUCGGGCUGCUCGCCCAGCCGCCCCCCCACCCCUCCCCCUCGGAUCAGGGGAUCUUCUUCCAGGAUUUCCAGGACGCUCUGGGCUCCUACGUGGAGGAGGUGCCCACGUGCCGGGCUUGCGGCAAGACGUUCUCGUGCGCGUACACGCUGCGGCGCCACGCCAUCGUGCACACGCGGGAGCGGCCCUACGAGUGCCGGUACUGCUACCGGAGCUACACGCAGUCCGGGGAUCUGUACCGGCACAUCCGCAAGGCUCACCGCGAGGGCCCGCCGCUGAAACACAGCAAGAGCGAGCCGGCAGACCAGCAGCAGCAGCACCACCACGAUCACGAGCACGACCAGGACCACAUCCCCACGUAGAGCCGCUCUGAGAGCUCCCUGCGCGUCCCUGCCGCUCUGAGAGCUCCCUGCGCGUCCCUGCCGCUCUGACAGCCCCCCCCCCCCCCACGGAGGAGUGCAGCCUCUAACACCACCCCCCCCCCCACCAACACACAGGAUCUGAGGACUGAAACCAGACAAGGACACAGCGUGACUCUGUGAAAACAAUGGCAUGAAAUUGUUAUUUGCUGAGACGGGACUUGAGAGAUCGUUUUCUCUGCAGUGGCUCUGCUUGGUUUGCGUACAGCAUUUAAAAAAAAUGUGUAGAGAGUGAUUUUUUUUUUUUUCUGUAGAACAAAUCUUUCAAUUAUUAAAAAAAAAACACAAUAUUUAACUUUGUGUACUUAUAAAAAACACAACAUUUGUUUUAUUAUAUAUAUAUAUAUAUAAUAGAGGGGCUUCAGCGAGUUACAGGAUAAUAAUUCCAUCGAGGGUUUCUGUCAUAAACUACGAGAGCGGAGGCGGAGCUUCUAAACUGUCACAGAACCCCGAGAUGGAAUUGUUUUCCUGCGACUCUCUGAAGAGGCCCGUCUGUUAUUUUUUAUAAUCCACGGAUACCCCUGUGAUGCUGAUAUUCAAGAAGACGAGGUUCAGCAGGACAGCUGGGUUGGUUUUUAAACGUGGUGUUUCAGCGCUGUACAGGCGUUCCGUGUCGUUAUCCGUGCUUCAGCUUGAUUUGGACGAUCGCCUUUACCUCGUUUUAAUUUCCCGUUCCUCUCCGGUUUCUCUGAGAUACGAAUGUUCCAGCUUGACGUCGUUUUUAACAUAUUCUCAUUCUGUUGCUCAUUAAUGAACAUUUCUGUGCUGUGGGCGUUUGUCGAGUGAUUGAAAACGAGACGUUUUGUGUUUUGAAUUGAAAGCGACGGUCUCGAGCAGUCGAAGGGGUCAGAGUUCAAGAAUAUUUUCCUCUCGAGGAAUUGUCAUUUUUUCAAAUGGCUCAGGAUGCUAAUAUAGCCUUCAUCCCUGUAUUAUAUACACUGAGCAUCAAAAGAAACGCAUCCCUUAUAUUUGGAUAAAAUUCACCAGAUGUGAUUGAAUAAUGACACUCUGUUUCAGAGCAGGUGAGGCGACUUUUUACUGAGUUGAUUAACAAUGACAUCACGAAGACGCUGCAGAAUGAUCUGUGGUGUUGGGACUCCCAGUUGGUGGCGCUGUCACUGACAGAGCGUGUCUGGUUAUACCGUCUCGCCACGGCACGCUGCCCUCGCCCAGCCUCCACCACGCUGAUCGCACGAAGGCGCUGCUCUCUCGACAGACGUUAGGGUUUUUUUUUUCAGUGAUUUUCUCUAUUGCUUUUAUUCCAGCUUGCAAUUCAGCAGCUGAAAUCGCUCCCUAUCCAGCGUCCAAUCAGCUGUGUCUCUAAUUAGGUGGUGAAGCGCCUCUGCUUCAGUCACGGUCACUCAAUCGUGUCGUGGGCAAGGAUGAAUGAACGAGGGAUUGAAAAAGAAACCAAAAACAUUUCGUCAAUAUCCAUCAUUUAUAUACCUUGUUAGGAUAGUGAUGACGCGGUUCUUCUGAUGCUCUGUGUAUAUAUACACACACACACAGGGGUAGUUUUGUGGGUCAGUAUACAUAUUAUUUCACGUGUGUUGUUUCCUUCUCAUCCUGUCCCACGGUGACAGAGCUUGUGGGGUCAGUGGAGAUGUUUGAACUCUGUCGUGAAAUCCUGCUGUUUGUUUUUCUGUGUUGUGUUUCGUUCACCGGGGUGUUUGGUUCGCUGUCUUCCUGUUUUGAGCAUUUCUUUGUUCUGCGAUGACGAUUGCUCCUCUGAAAGGUUAUUCUGCUGGUUUAUUUUAGGUUUGUUUUCAUUAAAAACAGUUUUGAAAAAAAAAAAAAAAUUUGCACGUGGGUCAUCCUUUGGAAAGAGACGAGAGAACGAAACACGAUCACAGGGAGACGCACCCCACACUUAGAAACAUAUUAUAAGAGACGCAGACACACCACAGACUAGCUGAUAUAAAACUGAGGUACAGGGAGAGGGGAGAGGGAGGAGGGAGGGUCUGUCACACAGAGACGAGAGAACGAAACACACUCUCAACACGAUCACAGGGAGACGCACCCCACACUUAGAAACAUAUUAUAAGAGACGCAGACACACCACAGACUAGCUGAUAUAA